AUGGGCCAGUCAGUCGGAGCCAGGGAUUCAGCUGUCAAACCCAAAGGUGCCAGGACAAAUGACAUUAUUGUAAGAGGAACUGCUGCACACGAGGUUUUGUUGGAAAUAAAUAGAUUUGGUGAGGCUUUUAUUGUGAGAGAGAAUGCAUUCCCUCAUUACUUGAAAGAUGGGGAGCUGUUUGUGGUAUGCAACAGAACAUUCAGAUGGAAUUACCCUUGCAAAACAGGUGUGGAUGAGACUACUGUUGAAGACAGCCACAGUCCAGAAUCCCUAGAACAUGAGUCUGAGUCUCUCAAGUUACAGCAACCCAGUCUGGAUAACAAGUGUGCUGAUUUGAAGUCUAGGAGUUUCAGUGCAAUACCGCUGCAGUCCAAGCCCAUUGAUGCUAAUGUAGAGAUGGAGCCAGUCAGCCCGAGUCAAGGAUUCAGGCCAUCAAAUCUUCAAGGUGUGGAUGAGACUACUGUUGAAGACAGCCACAGUCCAGAAUCCCUAGAACAUGAGUCUGAGUCUCUCAAGUUACAGCAAGCCAGUCUGGAUAACAAGUGUGCUGAUUUGAAGUCUAGGAGUUUCAGCGCAAUACCGCUGCAGUCCAAGCCCAUUGAUGCUAAUGUGGAGAUGUAGCCACUCAGCCCGAGCCAUGGAUUCAGGCCAUCAAAUCCUCGAGGUAUUGAUGAGGCUACUGUUGAAGACAGCCACAGUCCAGAAUCCCUAGAACAUGAGUCUGAGUCUCUCAAGUUACAGCAAGCCAGUCUGGAUAACAAGUGUGCUGAUUGGAAGUCAAUGAGUUUCAGUGCAAUACCGCUGCAGCGCAAACCCAUUAAUGCUAAUGUAGAGAUGGAGCCAGUCAGCCCGAGUCAAGGAUUCAGGCCAUCAAAUCUGCAAGGCAUUGAUGAGGUUACUGUUGAAGACAGCCACAGUCCAGAAUCCCUAGAACACGAGUCUGAGUCUCUCAAGUUACAGCAAGCCAGUCUGGAUUACCACUGUGCUGAUUUGAAGUCUAGGAGUUUCAGCGCAAUACCGCUGCAGUGCAAGCCCAUUGAUGCUGAUGUAGAGAUGGAGCCAGUAAGUCCAAGCCAUGUAUUCAGACC